UUGAAUACGUGAAAAUUCGUCUCGUUGAGUUGCAUGCAACGCACCUAAACAGAAGUCGGUGAAAAAUAUUCAGUGAACAUUGCGUAAUGCGUUCCAGUGUAAACAUGUUGACGACAAGAGUACCGCGCACCACCAACAAAGUUCCCUACAGAUGCCUCAGCGCACUCAGCGCGCUGUCCACCAUUGUCUGCAUCUGCAUUUGUAUGCUUAGCUAUGCGUUACACCCAGCUGCGGCCGCUUCCUCCUCCAGCUCUGCGCAUUCCAACAGCGAUCCCUGCUACUUCGAGGGAAAACCACGCAAGUGUCUGCCCAGCUUUGUGAAUGCGGCCUAUGGUAAUCCCGUGCAGGCAUCCAGCAUUUGUGGCGCGACCAAGCCCGAGCGUUUCUGCGAAAUCAAUCGCGACGGUUCGCUUAGGGAGUGUGGCAUGUGUGACAAUAGUAAGUCCGAAACGCGUUUUCCUGCUAGCGCGCUAACUGAUUUGAAUAAUCCGAACAAUGUUACGUGUUGGCGUUCGGCGAGCGUGCCAGUGCCGACUGACUUAGAUACUGCGCCACCAGACAAUGUUACGCUUACACUAUCGCUGGGCAAGAAGUAUGAAUUGACCUAUGUUAGUUUGUCGUUCUGUCCAAAGUCGCCACGUCCGGACUCAUUGGCUAUUUACAAGAGCUCCGAUUUUGGUCAGACUUGGCAGCCCUUUCAAUUUUAUAGCUCGCAAUGUAUGAAGUUCUAUGGGCGACCGGAUCGCGCUAAAAUCAGCAAGUUCAAUGAGCAGGAAGCGCGUUGCAUAGAUUCGCAUCGCGACGGCACCACUAACCGGUUUGCUUUCAACACACUUGAAGGCCGUCCCUCAGCCAAUGACUUAGACGCAUCGCUUGUGUUGCAGGAUUGGGUUACCGCCACAGAUAUACGUGUUGUCUUCCACCGGCUCGAACUGCCACGUGAGUUGGUUGUGGCACAAGCAAAGGAUGCCGCUAAACCAGAUGCGAAUAGUUUUAGCGAUGAGAUGGGCAGCAGUCAGGAAGACGAAGAGGACGAGGAGGAGGAGGAGGAAGACGGCGAGUAUGACUACAAUCUACAAGGCAACGAUAGUACUUACGAAGAUGAAGAAUAUGCGGCUGAGCCCAAGAAACAUUUGGAGUUGGAUGACGAUGAUUUAGAUCUCGACUAUCCCAACGAUGGCAACAGCGGCAUCAGUAUCGUGCCAGAGGUCAAACGCUACAAUAGCAAAACCAAAUUAUCCGCAUACGAGAAGCAUUACCAAGCUAAAUCUGUGCUGGCUGCGGCCGCAGCAGCUGCGGUCGCGAGCACCACAAAAGCAGCCACCACAACAGCGGACAAACAUGCGGUUGGCAAUGAUGGCAAAGCAACGCCCAAACCCAGUGCUAAGGAGCUAUUGGCCGUAUCGCAACAUUAUGCUGUCUCCGAUUUUGCGGUCGGUGGACGCUGCAAGUGCAAUGGACAUGCCUCGGAAUGUGUGGCAACAGUGGGACCCAAUGAUGCCCUUCCACAUAUCUACAAUGCAGUAGAUGACUUCGAUGGCGCUGGUUCUGCAGUGCUCGUACACAAUAACAACAACAACAAUCAUAAUAAUAACAACAACAAAAACAAUGGCAAUGUGAAUGUCAAGUUGACAAUGACGUGCGCCUGCAAGCACAACACAGCCGGACCGGAAUGUGAACGUUGUAAGCCGUUCUACUUCGAUCGUCCAUGGGGACGUGCAACGGACACCGACGCCAAUGAAUGCAAAAUUGGUGAGGCACUAACAACCAACCAACAGCUGCAACAACAACAAGCGGUAGCAACAUUGAUGCCGUUGCAAGCACGUAAAAUUGAAACCGUUUAA